UUCCUCCUGGAGUCACGUCUCUCUUCCAGCUCCCUGACUCCUUCACUUCUCACCCCUCUCCUCCUUCAAACUCCACAAACCUGCAGCUUCUCUGACCCUGAUCAUCUCAAACAAACUUCAGAGGGACACACUCAAACUUUUUUUUUUUCUGCACCAUUCCCCCAGUCCCUUCCUCUCUUGCCUCUGCUCCCCACGCAGACUUUGCUCAGCUCCCUCCCUUCUUUCUGGAGACAGAAACCUUUUUCCAACCUCUGGGAUCAGACGUCGGGCUCCUGCGCUCUGCGGGGACAGUGGAGCCAACCAUGCCCUCCGACUUUCUAACCCCAUUCCUGGAACUGGAUGAGGAGUUCUGCAAGAAUUUCCGCGGCCUGGAGGCGACAGAUGGCCCAUCUGCCGGCUCAAUGCAGCAACGGCAGCAGCACAGUCAAAGAGUCCUGGGCUUCCAGCGCCGCCACUCCCUCUGCCCCGUGACCCUCCCCAACUCCAAGUUCAACAGCAGCAGCAGCAGCAGCAGCAGCUCGGAGGUGAACGACUCGGCCUGCUGGGGCCUGAGUGUGGCCUCCAACCAGUGGAGCAGGGACGGUCAGCUGCCCCGGUCCACACUCAGCCACAUCCCCUUCAGAGUGGACCGCUCAGUCAGCAUGAUCGAGGGCCACGGCAGCAGCUUGGGAGUUAGAGAGGACAAAAUGUCCAACAUCACAUCGCCAACAGUGCUGCUGCCUCCACCAGGCUUCAACAUCAGCAGCACGUCCCUCUCCUCCCCUGUCGCCAGACCGACCGCCCCCUCACCUCACAUCUCCACCCGGUACAAGACUGAACUCUGCCGCACCUACGAGGAGAGCGGGACCUGCAAGUACGGCGCCAAGUGCCAGUUUGCUCACGGCAUGGACGAGCUGCGAGGCCUCAGCAGGCACCCCAAGUACAAGACGGAGCCCUGCCGCACUUUCCACACAAUCGGCUUCUGCCCGUACGGCGCCCGCUGCCACUUCAUCCACAAUGCAGAUGAGCUCAACGACGCCGCCCCCCCACAGAAGCAGAAGCCGAGGCCUCCCCUGCUGCGCCACAGUCUCAGCUUUGCAGGCUUCUCCUCCACACAGAUUUUCCAACCAGUGGAGGAGUUGCAGCCUUCCUCCCUCCUCUUCACCAGAGCCUCCUCUGUAUCCCCUCCUCCGUCCUCCACAGGGAGCCCAGAGCUCCUCUCCCCUCUCUUCCCUGAGCCAGGAGCACUGAAGCAUUGCUCCUACCCCUUCUCAGGCAUCACCGACCUGGCAGGCGACUGCGGUGACUCAGCUCUGCGCUUCUAUGCUGUGAACGACUCCAUCAACUCCAAGUGUCCCAACGCAAACUUCCCCUCCAAAAACCCGAACCUGCCCUACCACCUCCCCCAGCAGCUGCCAGUCUCCCUGAACGGCCUCUCCGGCCUUCAGCGCUGCUCCUCCGCAGACUCCCUCUCCGAGGAAGGCUACACCUCCUCCUGCUCCCUCAGCUCGUCCUCCAGCGGCACAGAGUCACCGAGCUUCGAGGGCCGACGUCUGCCCAUCUUCAGCCGCCUGUCUGUCUCAGACGAGUAGGGGGGGGGUUUUACUGUAGGGCUGAGUUUAAUCAGGGAUGGAUGGUCUGAUUGUUUUAUCUCUCAUGUCGCGUUUUCGACUCCGAUGUCAAAACUAAACAUUUUAAAACACACAAGAUUAAAACAAUUGUUUUUUUUAAGUUCCUCACCAAACGCAGCCCGGUAAACGUACCUAACUUCGUGCAUAUUGCAUUUCUCAUCCAAGCAGCUGUAGCGCUGCUCAGUGUUCGUCCAGUUUUAGCCGACUCCUCUUUUUGUUUUGUGCUUUAUUGUUAUUUUUGUAAGCUUGUUCCUUUCAUGCCAUUGUUACUGCUGUAUACUGUUGUAUACCCAUUUUAGAGAAUCCUCAGCGGGUACUUCACUAAGCUCAGCGUCCGACCUUCUGCUGCUCAGUGGGAAGUUCUGUGUGAGAACUUCCUGUACCCUGAUUUAAGAAAGAUGUUAAGAUUAGUGCCGUUUGAUGUAUGACUGGCGAGAUGUCCUCUUUUUUUAAAAGCAAUAUUGUUUGUCGCAGGUUUCUCAUCGACAGUUCUCCGUCUGUCUGAAACUGUCUGUGAGGAAGUUAAAUUACUGUUUGUGGUCUCUGCUCGGACCACAAGUGUAGGAAACCCACUGACUCUAGUUACCAAAGUUGAUGUUAGAGCUCCCUAACCUCUUAGUACUGUUAACACUUAGCUUUGCCUUUAGCUGCCACAGUGUUUUGAUCAUUCUUAUUAUUGCUCAACACUUUUUAGACCUAUUUAUUGCUUUUUUCGAAAGAUUUGCUGUUUGCUUUGUGAUUGUGUUUAUGUAAAUGAUGCCUGAGAAAUUGUGCUUUACUGAAGCAUCCAUGACGUCCGUCCGCUUGGUUUACACGAUCCAGUAGCUUUAAGAAGGCUCGAGGAGGGGGGAGGAGCGGAGGGAGACAUUUUGGCAUUCGACAUGUAUGUUGCCUUAUGGGUCAAUCGAGGCCUGGCAGGAAUCAAGACUCGCUGUGUUCUCACGUCACCAGCAGCUCGAUCCCUCGAUUAUAUCAGCUGCUGUAACCUCUGGGAAACGUUAUCAAUCAGUCACAUGAGCAAUAUUUCCUGCUGCUGGUGCGAGCACACACAGAGUCCACUCUCCUCUCCUCCGAGCCUCACACACGACUGUAAUAACCUUGUUUUUAUAGAUGCUGUUAUCUGAACACACGCUAAACGGGGUCUCCACACAUUCAGGGCCUCGGUAGAAGUUACAUCUCACAUGAUCGACCCGGUUCUGCGUUGUGGUGUUUAGUGUGCGCCUCCUCCUCUCUUGUGACGUCGACACACAGGUGAGGAGGUUUCGUUUGAAGUCGAUCUUUUUAAUCUAUCAGAGUUGCCUUGAUGACAAUGUGUUUGUAGGUCGACGUCGUUGCACGCGAGCGAGCGAGCUCUGAGCGGCAGGUGAAAUCAAGCGAGUUCAAAUGAAAUCAGGCGAAAUGUUGUUUACCGUUUGUUUUUGCUCCACUUGCUCUGAGCAGCCCAGAGACGCUUCCUGUUGUCGUUUUUGUAACUUUUGUUAACUUAAAGUCUUAUUUAUUUUUGUUUUUCAAAGCGAAACCUAUAUUGUGUUGUUUGAUUUUGUGGUUUUUGUUUUUACAUAAUUUAAGUGCAUCUAUUGUUUACAUUCCACUGGGUUAUGUUGAUAUCCUAGCUCUUUAUCUUAAUAUAUUUGUCCAUCUGUAUUUCAAAAUAAAAGUCUUUGACACUUAA